UAUGAUAAACAAUGGGUUAAUUAUUAACUGUUGUUUUAAAUAUCAAAUUGUUACAGGGAUCUAACGAAAGAACUGUACAUUAUAUAAAGCACUAAAUGCAUUAUCUUAAAAAUAAUUUGAUAACAUGUAACUGAUCAUUUAAUUUUCAUUACAUGAUUUCAUUACAAAGUAUUUUUAAAGCACAUCUAGAUUUCGUUUUUGCUAACUAAACGUUUUCUCAUUUUUUAAAUUUAAAGAAAUAAAAUUUACAAAGUGUUUUGUUACAUCUUUCUGACUUCAUAAAGUUGAGGUAUUUCCACAGCCAUUGGAAGCCAUAAAAAAGGCACAAUUCGGUCAUGAGGAAAAUAUUGGAUAUCAUGGGUAACAUAAAAAAACACAGGGGCAUAUAGGAAAAGGGAUAUCAUUUUUAAUCUCAAUGGUCAUUCUUAAUAUUUCUUACAUGUAACAUGUACUAUAAAAUCUAACAGUGUAGAUUCAGAUAAAAAAAAAACAAACAAAAAUUCCUGAUAAAGGAAAAUUUAACUUGAGACAGUUAAGAGGAGAAACAGACAAAAAGCAGGCAGGAUGUAACAGUGGCAUAUGGAAACCGACAGAACAUUUUUAGAAGGAAGUGUCCGUAAACAGCAAUGUUAAUUCCGUAAUAUAAUCAUAUUUGGUUAUGUCAAUGUUUUCUUCUAUGAGUUAAAAUUUUAAAACGUAGAAUUGAGGUAAAACCCGGCUACAAAAUCAACUCUUUACUUCCGGAUAUUGGAUGAACUAAGCGAUUUAUUAAAAAAAAUCCGCAUAUAGCUUUUAAAGCAUUUUUAAAUGUCUGUCAAAAUAUAAUGCACCAACCGUUUAGCUAUGUAUAUUGUGACCUCACUGAGUACUGAUGCGAUGAAUGUUCAAAACCAAAACUUCCUGGUUAAAAUGAAAGCGCCUUGUUUGUUGAUAUUGAUUGUGAUGCAAUUAUCAAGGAUAGCCGAUUGCUGUUCUUCAAAUAUCAACAUAGAUAACGCCUUUGUAUCAUGUUUGACCAACAAUGUGUCAUGUAAUGCUGAAUGCUACCGAGGCUAUAUAUUCCCUAGUGGAUCCACAAAGGAAAACUAUAGCUGUCAGAACGGAACAUGGCCACCUAUGUUAUCCUCUUGUAAACGAAUCCCUUCAGUUUCUGUUACGUAUUCAGCCAUUUGGGCUUUUGGUGAGGUUUUAACAUCAAAUUGUUCCAAUAUAUCAUCACUGUUAGACAACCUACAAGAGACACUAGAAGAGACACUCGCCCAAAAUUGCCGAUUACUGAAUAUAAAUGCCACUGUACAAUUUACGCAUUCAUUUUUGGCCUUUCAGGUACGCACAAACUUCAUAGCUGUGUAUCAUAAUUUUUCAAACUGGAAAGAGUUCGACGUAUGCAUUGAUUAUAAUCGCGACUCGUUUAGUAAUCUUCAAGUUAUUAAGUCAAUGUUUAAAGGUGUCACUUGCGGGAAUUUAAACACAAGUAAUACAAUCCGUAAAGAUCUGUUUGUCGAAGAAUCCUAUGAUAUUUGUCCCAGUGCAACAAAACUCUACAAUGUGUCGACCUCUGAGGAUGGAAUGUACAUACGAUAUUGUGGUAACUCUCUAUUCAAUAGUCAUGAUUUUACAGACAUAGACUCAACUCUAACAACGACAAAAUUGUCAACAGAACCAACACAAAUGAGAACUUCGGAAAGCCCGACCAUACAGACUGAAGUUUCUUUUACCGGUAAUAACUUCAAUACCAGUCAAAGAACAUCUCUAGAAAAGGAAGUUUUGCAAACCGAUAAAACAUCCAACAUCAAUCAUGGUACAACUUUGGGGACAGAAGUCUCAUCAACCAAUCAAAGCUCUAGAGUUAACAGUAGUCAAAUCACAACAAUUACAUCCUUGUCCGAUGAAAAGGAGCUUAAAAUCAAUUCAAUUAUCUACAUCGCCGCACCCACAGGAGGAGUAUUUCUGAUUUCCCUUAUAAUCACCUUCAUAGUUUGCUCACGAAAGAGAGGAAAAGAUCCAGAAAACCUAACAGAUGAUAUGAAAAUGACACGUGACCCAACACAUAGAAAAGACGAAACAAGUUUUAAAGGAGAUAUGAUAGAAAACGAACUUUACAAGAGCGCAGAUGACGUAUUGGAUCGGGAUAAUAAUGGAGAUACAACACAGGCUGCGUCUGAUGAUUAUUCUACGGCACCAUAUUCGAAAGAGAAAAACAAAAAUCAAAUGAAAGUGGAACAAGAAGAAUAUUCGUAUCCGUCUAAAAUAUCAAAUUUCAAGGAGGCGCGGGUCAAUGUUGUGUUUGAUGAUGACACGGAAGGCGAUCUAGAUGUCAAAGCAAGCGAUGUCUUUCAGACACCAAAUCAUGAAUCUGAAAAUUCUUGCGAUUAUGCUGUAGUCAACAAAUCAAGAAAAAUGUAAAUGAGAAAAUAAAUUGAUUUGUCAGCAAUAUGUUACAUUUUUGCAAUGUAUUUCUCAUUCUACUGUGUAAAGUUUAACUUUGUUUAAAAAACGGUAGAAAAUGUUUCUAAAAUAUAGACAAAACAAGAAUUGGCAUUUGUAACAUGAAGUAUAAAAGGUGUCAGUACAUAAAAUUUGACAAUAUUGAGUGUCACUAUAUUAGUUUUCAGAGAGAAAAAUUCACUAAAGUUGUUUAUAAAUUGUUUUGCUGAAAGUGGUUGUACAUAAAAGUUGACUGAAAAAUAUAA